CGUGUGCAGACAGACCGUUCCGCAGUUCCGGUGUCAGCUGUCGUUACUCCGAAUCAUCAAGUGCAACAUCUUCAGUUUUUUUUUUUGUAUGGUGAUGGUAGCGCAGAGUUAGACCCUAGGUUCCUUUAUUCUCCAAUUGGAGUUAAGUGCCCCGGCAAAGCGCCAAAGGACAAUGGUUGCUCACAAUAAUUCGAUUACCAUGUGAAUCGGUCCCAUUCCGACCCGCAAGACAAACAACGCCGACACGAAAAGUAAAGCCAAGUGGAACGCUAUUGGAUUGUUGCGAACAGGAAGGUGGCAAAAGGCAAAGCGUGUAGCCUUUCCACUUGUGUGUGUAUUUGUUUGUGCGUACGUGUGUGUGUGUGAGAGUGUGUGGCUCAUCCACCGAUGAAGUGUGAUGCGUGGUGGCAGCCUGGCAGGAAGCCGACGCCGCACGAAGCGAGAUAAAGGAUAAAAGGCAAACCGAGCGCAAAGCGACCCAAAAAUGGCCCCAAAGGGAUCGAAGCUAAUCAUGUUUUUAUGAGCCCAUCGGUGGUGCUGGCGUUUGGUUGCUGAGCUUGCAAGGUGGGGUGGAAAAUUUGAGGUGUGAAACAACAUCCCUCUCCCUCCCUCAAGCGCAGAUGAAAACACCGGGCGGCAAGAUGCGCAUGAAGUACGGGAAGCUGUUCAUUUUCUUCAUGAUCUGCUUCAAUCUGAUCGUGUUUUACUACUCGUGGAAGUACUUCCUCACCAGCGGCCACUAUCUGGCGGAAUCGCUCACCGGUGGCGAGGGGCUACGAGGGCCGGCCGCCCUGCCCCGGCGGUUCGGCGUCGUCGCGCCCGACUCCAUCCCGCUCGUCAGCUACGAAAGCUCGUACCGGGCGGGUGAUCCGGGCGGGGCCACCCUGAACCGGCUGCGGCUAAAGCCGACGCUGACGGAGGACGGCGGCCGGCCGGUGAGUGCCAGGGAGCGGGUGCAGCACACCAACGGCUACCUGCGCAAAAGCAUCACGUUCGUGUUCCGUGACUUUUACGACUUCGAUAACGAUCUGCUGCAGUCGAUCGGCAGCGUGACGGCGCUCAUACCCGGCGUGAGCGUGUUCGUGAUCGCACCGGAGCUGCCGUAUCCACCGCUCGACAUAUUUAACCCGGUGCCGGCACCGGCAACGGGCGGCGGGGGGAAUCAGAGCGGUCGGGCUGCGGCCGGCGGGCCAACGCCGGCCUGGUUUACCGAGGGAAGCAACGUGCGCUUCUUUCACCUGGCGUACGAUGUGACGAAAACGCUCAAGGAUACGUUCCCGGUGCUGCACGUGAGCACGCGCUACGUGCUGUUCAUGCCGGACAGUGUGCGGUUGACGGGGCGGGGGUUGCUUUCGCGUAUGCUGCGCGAAAUCGACACACCGUCCGGGAGUGAGCUGCUGCUGCAGCAGCACCAGCAUUUGCUGCUGAAGCAGAACGGGCACGGUGGUAUCGGUGGUGCAGGUGGUGGUGGUGGUGGUGGUGGUGCGUCGUUCGAUGUGAACCGUAAGCCGGAAAGGCGCAUCGUGGCCGUACCGUUCGGGUCGAAUGCGAAGGGCGCGGCGAACUGUGUGCAGCUGCAGCUGGAUCUGCCAAACUGGACGCUGGAGUAUGUGACCGGCAACGAGACGGAACGGUGCGAUAUGUUCAAACAGAAGCACGCCAUCCUGGUCGAGACGGAGCUGCUGCGGGAGAUGCCGGACGCACUGGCGUCCCCCUUCCCGGACGUGUUCUACAUACAGGCGAAGCUGGCCGGCGUCAAGAAAGUGCUGCUCAAUGGUGCAUUCCAGGACGGACGUAAGCUGUUCACCUCGUACCACACGAAAACGAAGCGCCGCAACCAGCGCAAGGAACAAUUCAAAGCGCUCUACCGUCGGCUACAGGUGAAGAAAGUCAUACGCAAAAACUAUCUGUACGAUAAGGCCUCGAGCCGUGGUGGUCCUGUCCCGUUCGGCUCGGCAGUUGGCAGCUCUGCCGGCGCCGGCUCCGCUGCUGCCAACGCGCGCCGCAAGUACGUGAAAAGCUACGAGCACAACAAUCAAACCAUCUCGCUGCUUACUGAGAUCACGUUCUACGGGUGCGAGAAGCAAACGCGCAGCUGCAUCGGACAGGUGCACAAUGGGCGCCCGUUCUAUCGCUACCUCGGGCGCAACACACCGCCCUGCUGCCUGGAAAAGCUGAAAGCCGUCUUCCGCCACGUGGUGGACGAGUUCGAGAACGUGGGCAUACGGUACUGGCUGGACAAUCGGGCCCUGCGGGAUGCGAUCGAGCUGAAGGGGCUCGCACCGGACGCGUACGAGAUCGAUCUCAGCUUCAACGGGGACGACGUGCAGCGGUCGGUCGCGCUGCGCAAAGCGCAGACCCGCCCGCACACGGACGAGGCCGGCUUCCACUGGCUGAAGGCGACGGAUGGGCACUACUUUCGGGUGCAGUACUCGAAGCAGAACACGAUCGCCGUCAACCUGCUGCCGUUCGAUCUGUCCAGCGGGGAGCUGGUGCGGCCGAGCGGGUUCUACGGCUGGAAGGCGCGCAAGUUUUCGGUCGAAUUUCUGCACCCCAUGUCGACGGUGCUGUUCCUCGGCAAGCCCAUCAUGUGCCCGAACAAUGUGAUAGAGUAUCUGGAGGUGAAGAAGGUGAAGUAGGAGGGAAUGCAAGGAAGGAUGUGGAAACAAUGUAGGUAGCGCUAGAGAGGGGAAACAAAAAAUCGUGCAACAUGUACAUACAACAUACAACAAACAAAAACUGGCGUUAAAAAAUGGAAAGAUGGACAACACCAAAAGGAAAGCAAAUGGGUAGCCAGAAGGCGUUGAAUCAUUUUUAAAUUAAGCUUACCUGGCCUUUUCUUUCCCCAUUUUUUCAAACUGCUCACGCUUAUCAUAAAGCAAUAAAUGAAUUGGUUUUAGCAAGCUGACAAAAUUUUGAUGCCAUUUUUCCCUGUAUGCAAGCGCUUUUCGCAACGAUCUGUGUGUGGUGUAAAAAAAUUGGGGGGAAACAAGUAAUAAAAACCUUUCAACCAAUUGUAGCAGCAAAUGUGAUAACGUUAAUGUAGGACACUCCAAACCAAAACUCAAAACCAACCCAAACAAACAAACAAACAAAGGCAAAAUCUAAAAAAAAACAAACUCAAUAAUCCACACUUUAAUGAUCAGUAAAUGUGAACUUAAAGAUUAUAAUAAAACUACAAUAAAAUAGCUACAAAAUCCAUGUGCAAAAUAGAACACUCCUCAAGAGUUAAAACAUUUAAAUAGACAGCAAAAACACACAAAAAAAAGGAUAAAGUAAAUUAAUAGCAACCAUUUGUCAAUUAGUGUAAUAGAUUGUCUGAUUAAAAAAAACAUGCAUUGAAAAAGGAAACAGUUUUUAGCUAAAAUAAAAAGAACAAAGCAAAUAGAAAAAAUGUUUAAAGAAAAUUGAAAAUUGUUUAAAUAAAAGAAUAAUUUAAUGUGAAAAACUAAACCAAAUCUAUUCAGUGCAGAAAUCGAAAUAAUGUAGCAAAAGAGAACAAAUAGUUGAUGUUAGUAAGAGAAUGGAUGUUUUCGCCUGUUUUCCCCUUUAACUAAAUGCAGUUAAAUACAAGUACUUAAAUAUUUAAUUGAAACAUAGUGGUGCUACUGUGCGGUUUCUGUUUUAUUACUCCAAUAACACUUAUUUUCCAUUUAAAAAAAUCUCCAUUCAUUCGAUGUACUGUACCAAUGAACUCUACUACUUGCAGAUAAGAAGAAAAUAGACAUAAACAAAUCAAACAAUAUAAACAUUCAAACAUUCCCUUCCAGUCUUGCAAAACACCCACUUGCGAACAAACAUUCGUUAAACUUGUUAACAGGCAAAUAAAACUCUCUUUUCUAUUACACACACAUACACACUGUUGCCCGAUAACAUUUAUCUCACUAUAUAGCCUAGGAUAGGACAAAAACAAAAAGAGCAAAGAAAACGUAUAACACAACUGUAAACCUAAACCUUGAACCUGUUGAAAAAGAUAAAAUAAAUAAAGAGAAAACACUACCACAGUACCGCA